AUGUCGGCUUUCAGCGACCCCAUCCCCUCAGCCUCCGCGCAGACGAUCGACAACACGAUAUCAAACAACAUAUCAUAUCCUCUACUAUUGCUAAAAGCCCCUUGGCAAGCAAUUCAACAAGUCGAAACCUUUACAUUCGUUACUCUCCCACACAAUGUCGCGCGUUUCACUGGUCUAGAUGUCCUCUUCGGUAAUGGGCUCGGACGAGAGGGUGAGCUGGCAGCUGCGGCUGCAGCCACUGGAGGAAACAUAGCUGAAGGAAUUGCAGAAAAUAUGGGUGCGGACGCCGCUUUCAACGUGACAGACUUUUUUCAAGCAAUGAAGAGAUUUAGUGGCUUUUUCAGUUACAUGACAAGUCGGUGGUCUUUGGCUUGUUUUUCGGUUGCUCUGGUACUCAAUCGUGUGACAAUAUAUGCGUCUUCAAGGCGACAUAUUACUCUCCCAUGGAAGAAGCGCCUUGUUCUUCGCAUCAUACCGAUCACAUUAUUUCUGGCGCAGAUCGUGAAUUUACUACGCGCAAUUAGAUGCCAAACGUCUCCUGAAUACCCCUCAAUCCGAUACGGUCAUCCCGACAAGCGUUUCUCCUUUGAUCAUGCUGCAGGUGGUGGCUUUCUAUAUUCUAUGAGUUCCACACUUUUGCCAUGGGAGUCAUAUUCGGAUUCUUGUAGCGCGGUAGGAAUGAGUCGACAAUCCAGUGGCACCGAAAUUCCUCGUGGGUCAUUUAAUCUCCUGUGGCCAGUUUUCAUUACUCUUUGCAUAAGCCACUUUGUGGAGACGUUGUUGUGUGCAUUGCAGGGUCGACCUGUCGUCACCGAGGCCGGGAUGUCAAUCUUCGAGCAUUCCCUUGCAUUCGCAGAGGCGGAAACCAUGGUCAGCCAGUCUAUCGGCCUGGGAAUCUUUGGAUUGACAAAGCAUAGCUCAACAAGAGACGAUUUGCCUUUGACGGGAGACGAAAACUCAACUCUGCACAUACUCACACGCACACAAGUUCUCGAAAAGAUGAACGUUACGCCUGAAUUGUUGUUCAUUAUUCUCAUCUCGUGCUGCAAUAGUCUAUGCUCUAACUCUCUUGACGUUUUCGGAAAACAAAGCAGAUACCGACUCAUAAAUACAACCAUAUGGGGACUUUGCUACAUGGGUGCUAUAGCAUGGGGUUUCCUUGAUAACUCACCCGUCAGCGGUGAUAGCGGUUUCCUUAAAUUCCCUACUGUCUGCAUCGUGGGAUUCGUUCCCCAUCUUCUCAUACUGGUAGGAAUCACUGUUUGCUUGGGAAUAUAUGGGCUCGCCGUCCUUAUCAGCGCCUUCAAUUUACCUGCUGGCCUGCUAGAACCGUCGUCGAUUUGGGAGCGCUUCUCUUUAGCCCAUGAUAACAUGCAAGGCUCCAAUCAGAUCCGCAAUGUACGCCUUAACAUGCACGAGGAUUUCUAUACCUCUCUACUACGCAUUGGAUAUGCCUCCUUGACAGCUGCGAGCGAGGCAGUCUUUCUGAAUGAGGGACGUAAUGUGGUAGCGCGCCGGAGAACGUGGUUAGAGGAAGACAGACUUACCGAAAUUGAGAAUGCUCGUCGGAGAGUAAGACCAAGGACCUUGGGCAGUGACACUUCGGCUGCUCGAUGGGACAACGCAGCCAAUAUCAACUUUGAUAUUCCUCUACCACAAGCAGAAACAUGGGAAAGCGGAUACGGCAAGGAGCAGAAAAUUGAAAAGUUGAAAAAUAUAUAUCAGUCUCAUUCACAGAACAAUCUUGGCGGAGUUGGAGCAUUUCAUGGCGCAAGCAGGGUUUAUCAUGGGUAUGCAUUUUUCAAGGGUAUCUUUUAUUUGAUUUCUAGAUGGAUUGCUCUAGGCUUGGACAAGAUUCUAGAACGAAUGGGCAUUACAUCUCGACCACGGUGGAUGGUCCGUCUCAUUGGGACCAACAAGAAGCGAAAGACAAGCCAAGGAGAGCAACAGGCAUCGUUGGACUUUUGGAUUUUGACUGACGAUGGCGAACUCGAGCUACCGGAAGAUGACGAGUUCGACGUGGAGAAAGAAAUGCGAAAGAGAGAGACUAUGCUUCAAUCAACGUGGGAAGAUACAGACGAGACUCGAUUAGACAACAAGCUCUACAAUUGGUGGACGGCUGGGGGUUCUUGGGGUAAUCAGGACGAAAGUGGUGAAUAUGUGCCUUCAGAAGAUAGUUUGGAUGACAAUACCAGCGUGAUUUCUAUGCAGACCAACAAUGAUGAAUGGGAAGAUGAUGAUGAUGACUCCGAUGGCCGUCGGACCCCUACGCAGCGAGAACCGUACCCUCGCACAUUUACCCGCGAAAGCACGCCACUAAUGGAGACUUUGUUGGAUACAUCCUCUCUCGCCCGACUCCUGGACCCUCGAGAUCAAGAGAGCAAGAACGAAGCUCGUAUUCUCGCCGCACAUCUCCUCGCCGAUCGAGAAGGUCGCAUCAUGACCCGCAGCCGCUUCCGAUGCCAGGACGAGCGCGAGCGAGCACGCGUCUUGAUGCCAGCACGUUAUCAUGCUAGGUCUAGAGACAGAACCAGCAACAGCAACGAGAAAUCCCGCCCCACAGCCGAAGAAGAAGCCGACAUCCUCGAGAAACUCAUCCUGACUCGCCGCCAAGACGCAGCCGCACGUAUCCAAGAAGGUCAGAAAGACUCAUGGGAAACGGGCGCAGCAGGCCUGGGAGACGACGGUCCUCAAUGCGUAAUCUGUCAGACAAGUCCUCGCUCAAUCAUUGCCUGGCCGUGCCGAUGUCUCUGCGUCUGCGAAGAUUGCAGAGUCAGUCUGGCCAUGAAUAACUUUGGCAGUUGCGUUACGUGUCGUCAGGAAGUCGCUGGAUUUGUUAGGCUAUGGGUGCCUUAG